UAUUUCCCGUCUUCUUCUCCAAUCCUGUUCCCCCACCAAAAGAAAAAAUCCUCACUUUUGCAAAUCUCUCCAUAACCUAACAAUUAACAAAAGAAAAAAAAUGUCAACCACGUUCAGCGGAGAUGAAACGGCACCGUUUUUUGGCUUCCUUGGCGCCGCAGCUGCCCUUGUUUUCUCAUGUAUGGGAGCAGCGUAUGGAACGGCAAAGAGUGGGGUGGGCGUGGCAUCAAUGGGAGUGAUGAGACCAGAGCUGGUAAUGAAAUCGAUAGUGCCAGUUGUUAUGGCUGGAGUUUUAGGUAUUUAUGGUUUAAUUAUUGCGGUUAUUAUUAGUACUGGUAUUAACCCGAAGGCCAAAUCCUAUUACCUUUUUGAUGGCUACGCUCAUUUGUCGUCGGGUCUCGCUUGUGGUCUCGCUGGCCUCUCUGCUGGCAUGGCUAUCGGUAUUGUUGGUGAUGCUGGUGUUAGGGCUAAUGCACAGCAGCCAAAGCUUUUUGUUGGAAUGAUUCUUAUUCUCAUAUUUGCUGAGGCAUUGGCACUGUAUGGCCUCAUUGUUGGCAUCAUCUUGUCAUCCCGAGCUGGCCAAUCCAGAGCAGAAUAGAUGCUAUGAUCGAAUGGGUUGUUGGCGUUACGAGGUUGGUGAUGUUUAGAACAACAUAUGAAGCAUGCAAUCGAGUUGUUUGUAUAAUUAGGAGCAAGUUUUUUCCUUGAAAUAAAGCUUGCUAAGUUGCUUCUCUUAUGAUAUUUCUGUAUUUUACUGUGACUUCAGAUUUCUGUUAAAACCAUCAUUGAUAAAACCACUGCUGCAUAUUAUUUGUCCUCUUUGGUAGAAA